CUACCCAACCGGCCCCAUCUCCUUUGAGCCUUUGCUUUAGCAGCACAUCCUUCGUCGAUCCAAAGCUACAAUCGACGGCGAUUCGCAGCGCCGCCGCCCCCUAGGUCACAGGAGAUUUUUCGUGCCCCUCCUCGGAGAUCAAGGUCGUAACUCGCACCGAAUGCUCACCCUCGCCGGCCGUUUCACUCUCCGAAACUGAUUUCGACGAUGAUACGGAUCGAUGCAACCUGUUCAGCAGUGGACCGCGAUAGAACGAAAAUGCCUCGCGCUUCUUCAACGAAGCAAUACGAAGAAGCAUCUCUUCCAGGUUCAUGCGGCGAUCGUCAAGUAUUCCCUUCACAACAACCUGAACAUUCUCGCCAAGUUCAUCUCUUCAUGCGCUUCAAUUGCUCAAAUGGCUUCCUCCACCCCGGCCGCGCACCUGGACACCAUAGCCCAUGCCCGCAAGGUGUUCGAUCGUCGUCCCUGCGAAGGCGACACCUUCGUCUGCAACUCCAUGAUCCAGGCCCAUGUGGGCGCGCGCCAGUUUGUUGACUCCGUCAAUCUCUAUCGACAUCUUAGGCGGACGACGAGUUUCAGUCCUGAUAAUUUCACCUUUACUUCUCUGGCCAAGUCUUGUGGGCUGAGCAGGGCUCUUGGUGAAGGCCUGCUGAUGCAUUCUCAAGUUGUGAAGUUCGGGUUCUGCUUGGACUCGUAUUUGGCCACUGCAGUGGUUGAUAUGUAUGCAAAGCUGGGGGUGUUGUGUUCCGCAAGCAAGCUGUUUGACGAAAUGUCUGAGAGAAGUGUUGCCUCAUGGACGGCUUUGAUAGGCGGUUAUGUAAGGUGUGGGGAUCUGAAUCGUGCGGAACUUCUUUUUGAUCAGAUGCCUGAGAAAGAUUGCGUGGCUUUUAACGCAAUGAUCGACGGUUAUGUCAAAGCGGGGGAUAUGAACUCUGCCCGAUCCUUGUUUGAUAAGAUGCCGCAUAGGAAUGUGGUCUCAUGGACUAGUAUGAUUCAAGGUUACUGCAACGUUGCUGACAUUCCAUCUGCCAGGUUUCUAUUUGAUUCUAUGCCUGAGAAGAACCAAUUCUCCUGGAAUGUCAUGAUUGGUGGGUACUGCCAGAACAAGCAGCCACAUGAAGCUCUGGCACUUUUUCGUGUGAUGCAGUCAAACACAUCGCUUGAACCAGAUGAAGUAACGAUUGUAAGCAUCCUUCCAGCUAUUGCUGAUAUGGGGGCUGUGGAAUUGGGUCGUUGGGUUCACCGCUACGUCGGCAGGAGGAAACUCGAUCGAUCUACCAAAGUCUGCACCGCACUUAUUGAUAUGUAUGCAAAAUGUGGCGAAACCACCAAAGCGAGAAGAGUCUUCGAACAGAUGCCUAACAAGGAAACAACUUCUUGGAAUGCUCUGAUCAAUGGGCUAGCAGUCAAUGGAGGUGCCAGGGAAGCGAUGCAGGUGUUCGCAGACAUGCAGCUUCAAGGAUUCAAACCUAACGAAAUAACCAUGCUAGGCGUUCUGUGUGCUUGUAACCACGGCGGGCUCAUACACGAGGGGAGGAGGUGGUUCGGUGCAAUGGAUGGUUUGGGUCUCACCGCGAGAAUCGAGCAUUAUGGAUGUAUGAUUGAUCUGUUGGGGAGGGGUGGGUGCUUGGAGGAAGCUGAAAGUUUGAUCCACAGCAUGCCUUUUGAGGCUAACGGGAUAAUUCUGAGCUCUUUCCUCUCAGCCUGUGUGAACUCCAAGGACUUCGCCAGGGCUGAAAGCGUCCUGAAUCAGGCUGUUAAUGUUGAGCCAGGGAAUGACGGGAAUUAUGUUAUGCUGGGUAACUUGUAUGCCACGGAUAAGCGGUGGGGAGAAGUUGAGGAGGUGAAGGGAUUGAUGAAGAGAAAUGGAGCUAGAAAGAAGGCUGGCAGCAGUGCUAUAGAGAUUGACGGCGAGGUCUCGGAAUUCAUAGCUGGAAGCAAAGAACAUCCUCUAUGGGAAGAAAUAAGGCUGGCGAUCCGUCAGUUGAGAGAGCAGAUGAGAUGCAAGGAAGAUUCUGCCUACUCCAUUAUCCCCCUGUGUUCCUAGAUUCAUGUGCAGAUGUAGCUGCUCCGGAGCAUUAUCUACCAAUAAACAAACAGCCGCAGGCGACAGAAGUAACUUACCUUUUCUUGAAUGUUUCCAUCUCAAUCUUUGCGGCUUCGAUGGAUUGAGCCCUUUCUUGGUUGUUUGCAGAAAGAAAAGUUGCAGAAUCCAUUUUGGCUUUGCAAGUUCGAAUUGUGGUAUGGUUUGCUCUCAGGCUAUACCAAGGGCAUUCGCCAAGGCUUCUAUGUCAUGCACUUAAGCAACUCUGGAGACAAUUUAAGAGGUGUGAAUCAUAACUCCACACCUCUUACCUAUUUUCAUAUUGAUUCUACAGUUCGAUCAGUAUGUUAACUUUGUAACGUCGUUUUAUGUAUUGCCGUCAGGCUAACUAUGAUCUCGGUGAUGGUGGGAAGUGGGAACAAGUUAUGGAUUUGCGAUCGUCGAUAGUACUGCUCUGCGAUCUCGGAUUCGCGUCGUGGAUGCUGCUGCUUCUUAUGCUGCUGUAGGGGCACUGUUAGUGCAAGUAUGCUUUUCUUCUGGGCACAUUGAUGCAGUGCAAUUGGUGAUUUUGGCAAGCUCGGACCUAAUUGCUACGAUGUUUACGUUAUCUCGGGUCUAACCUAAAGAAGUUUACACAUGAAAGCAGAGGGUAUCGUGGUUUUUGCUUGUCAAUGUUAGAUCCAAUCAAUCCAAUGGGAUUUGAACUGGUGAAUUAAGAAUAUCCACCUCA